AGCUCUUCUUCCUCAUCCUGGUACACCAGGACAUGGAUUCCACGUGGUCUUGGAGCUUGAUAACAAGGCUACGUCUCUGUGUCAUACUCUUGCUUCUUUGUUUGGGAACAAAUACUGUGCGGGCUCAUGAAAGCAGCAGAGUGUACAUUGUGUAUUUGGGAGAAAGGCAGCAUGAAGAUCCAGAAGUGGUCACGAGCUCACACCAUGACAUAUUGACUAAAAUUUUUGGAAGCAAGGAAGCAGCUUUGGGUUCAAUUCUGUAUAGUUACAAGCACGGGUUUUCUGGUUUUGCUGUGAGGCUCACUGAAUCACAAGCCAAACUUAUUUCAGAGCUUCCCGAAGUUGUUCACGUGAUACCUAGCGAAACCCACGAGCUACACACGACAAGAAGCUGGGAUUAUUUGGGGCUUGAUCCAGGCAACCCAAACUCUCUACUCUCAGAAGCCAACCAUGGUGAUGGCGUGAUCAUCGGAAUCAUAGACAGCGGGAUCUGGCCAGAGUCGCAAAGCUUCAAUGAUGAAGGAUUAGGUGCCGUUCCAUCAAAAUGGAGAGGAAGAUGCGAGGAAGGAGAGCUCUUCAGCACUUCAAACUGCAACAACAAGAUACUUGGGGCCCGGUUCUUUGCCAAGGGAAUCAUUGCCCAACUUGGGUUUGUGCCACCGUCGCUUGAAAGUAAGAGAGAGUACCUAUCUCCAAGGGAUGCAAAUGGGCACGGGACGCACACGGCCUCAACUGCAGCCGGCUCCUUUGUGCGCAAUGCAAGCUUCGGCGGCUUAGGAUUGGGGCUGGCCAGAGGGGGCGCUCCUCGAGCUCGCUUGGCCAUCUACAAGGCCUGCUGGGGUUCAGCCGGCUGCGAUGCGGCCGACAUGUUGGCAGCCUUCGACAGCGCAAUCCGCGACGGCGUUGACGUCAUUUCCGUCUCUGUCGGCAAGAACCAACCUCCUCAGCCUGGCUACUUGGACAACCAGAACGCUCCGUCCAUCGGUGCCUUCCAUGCAGUGGCUAGAGGGAUCACGGUUGUUUGCUCCGGCGGCAAUGCCGGUCCUUUCCCGCAGAAGGUCACUAAUGGAGCACCAUGGAUCAUUACAGUAGCCGCAAGCACCAUCGAUCGCUCCUUCCCGACUACAAUAACUCUGGGCAACAACCGCACGCUUAUAGGCCAAUCAAUUAAUAACUUUGGAAAAGAAGGUGAUGGAUUCGAAAGCUUGUUCUAUUCUAGUGCUAGCGUGAGUUGCGAUGAAGGGUCACUGAAUCCCACACAAGUAGCAGGGAAAGUAGUCCUAUGUUUUGCAGGCGAAAAAGACCCAAGGACACAAUACAGCACUGCAGCAUCCACCGUACGUGCAGCUGGAGGAGUUGGCAUCAUCUUCGCGAUGCACACGAUCAAUCUCUUGGGUCCUUCCCCUCUUUCGCCGUAUGUUCUAGUGGAUUACGAGAUUGGCACUGAAAUCCUCGCCUACAUCCAGGCCACAGGGUUGCCAAUAGCAAAGAUCAGCCAUACACGUGAUACUGUAGGAAAAGUGGCCUCUCCAAAGGUUGCCUACUUCUCUUCAAGGGGCCCCAGUUCCCUGUCACUCGAUGUCUUGAAGCCUGAUGUAGCUGCUCCUGGAGUCAAUAUCUUAGCAGCAGGGCGAGACUUGAAUGCUUUUGUCUUCAUGUCUGGAACAUCCAUGGCAUGUCCUCAUGUCUCUGCAGUAGCAGCAUUGCUGAAGUCCUGGCAUCCCCACUGGAGUCCUGCAGCCAUAAAGUCUGCCAUUGUCACUACAGCCUCAGUAACCACCAUAUAUGGCGAACCCAUCAUAGCAGAAGGAGGACCUCAGAAGAUCGCUGAUCCAUUUGACUUUGGAGGCGGCCACAUCAACCCCAACAGGGCAGCACGCCCUGGCCUCGUUUAUGACAUGGGUGUCACAGACUACGCUGAGUUCCUCUGCUCUGUAGGAUAUAGCAGUCCUGUAAUUAGCCGCUUCACUGGUAAAGCAAUGCCAUGUAGAGAAAGGGGCUCCGUUUUUGACCUCAAUCUUCCUUCUAUCACAAUUUCGAAUCUCAAGAAAACUACCACUGUGGAGAGAACAGUUACAAAUGUUGGUCCUGUUCGUUCCACUUAUACAGUCAUGGUUGAAGCUCCUUACGGUGUGAGGGUUUCAGUGGAGCCUCAGACGCUGAACUUCAAUGAGAAGGUUAAGUCCUUAACUUUCAGAGUCACUUUCUCGCCAGCUCAUGAGAUACAAGGUGACUUCUCCUUUGGUAGCCUCACUUGGAUGGAUGGGAAGCACGUGGUCCGUAUUCCUCUCGUUACUCGAGUGGUGAUUCAAGAUUCAUAUGCUGAUAUCUCCUAGUUGCGUUUAUAUCUUUACAGAAACUUGUUGUGAUGAGAAAAUAGUAUGGAGAAUAUGCCUCCUUAGUUGAUAUAAAUAAGACAUGAAAUGCCUCUUAAAUGUCAAAAGCAUAAUCUAUCAUAUAAAUCAAUAACAAGGAAAACGACUAUAUCGUUUUCUGAUUA